AUGCGUAUCGCCAUCAUUACAGAAAAUUUCUUGCCAAAAAUCGAUGGCGUUACGCGCACAUUGACAAGACUUUUGGAGCACCUUCAAGCCACAGGUCAUAAAGUCAUCCUAUUUGGCCCCGAAAGUGGUAUGGAUGUUUAUGCUGGUGCAAAACUCUAUGGCACAGCAGGUAUACCCUUCCUGCCCUAUCCUGAACUCAAGCUUAACAUCUGGAGACCUGCAUUUACCAAGGCCUUGCGAGCAUUUGAUCCUCAUGUGAUCCAUCUGGUGGAUCCUGUCUACAUCUGUGCUGCCUUCCUGUGCUUGUUCAACACCAAAAAGAUCCCUGUUGUGGCAUCCUAUCACACAAAUCUCGGUACGUAUUGCACUCAAUUCGGCUGGGGGUUGUUUGCUAGUCUCAUGUGGAGCUGGAACAGAUACUGCCACUCUCAAUGUGAUUUUACAGUGUGCCCAUCCGAAUCAACACGGCACAUCUUGCAUACCAAAAGAUUCAAAAAUCUGAGAAUUUGGCCACGUGGAAUUGACACAGCGCUGUUUUCACCACAGCAACGAUCAGACGAAUUGAGAAUCCAAUGGCUGACAACAGGCGGGCAAAGAGAACAAAAUAACACUGUGGCAGCGACGGAGGUGGAGACAGCUCAAACGACGAAUAAGGUGGUCAUCUUGUAUGUGGGAAGAGUUUCAUAUGAAAAGAACUUGGGCUUGGUACUAGAGAGUUACAAAAAGAUGGAUCACUCCAAAUGCCACCUUGUCAUUGUCGGUCAUGGGCCUGCAUUUCAUCCCAUUCAAGAAGAUUGUAGUCGAUCACGGACACCCGUCACCUUCACAGGCUAUCUGCAAGGCAUUGAUCUUGCUAAUGCCUAUGCAUCGGCUGACAUAUUUGCGUUUCCAUCAUUUACAGAAACAUUUGGUCAAGUGGUGCUCGAGUCCAUGGCAUCAGGUCUACCUGUGGUGGGGUUAUUGGCGGAAGGCGUGAAAGAUUUGGUACAAGAUCAGACAUCUGGCUUAUUACUGGAUACAACAGACAUGUCAAGGCGGGAGCAAAUCAAAGAGUACGGCCAGUUGUUGACCACUUUGAUUGACGAUGCGCAAAUGAGGGCAAAGAUGGGACAAAAGGCAAUUGAUCUAUCAGGUGCUUAUACGUGGUGGGGCGCCAUGGAGAGCAUGGUGCAAGUGUAUCGAGAUGCCGCUGAAAAGCAUCAUAUCCACAUUGAGGAUGAUGGUCAACAGAUUACGGCUACUGCUCCAAGCGAGGAUGAAAUUGAACUAUUCAGCAUAGUGAUUGGAGAUGCACAUGUCCAUAGUAGCAGUGAUAGUGGUUUAGAUGAUGAUUUCACUGAUGUCAGUUCAAUUGCAAGUGGCCUGAAUACUCCCAAAAGCACUCACAAAAAGCAAAAACAACACGUGGCAUAUGUAGAGGCAUUACCAACAACUGCUGCUGAUGCUGCCACAGCCAAUUUGUAA